AAUGGAUCGUCCUAAAACCCAAAUGAGCAGUCGAACUUCCAGAGCAUCAAGCUCUCGGACCCCAAGGUCAUCAAUUGAGGGAUUGUCAACUUUAACUAUCGGCGAUUCCAUUCUAAAUCGUCCAAAAACUGCACUGACGAAUUUUACAUAUUUAACAAAGAAGUCAAAACCAGUUGCAACAGAGGAACUUGUAGAAUUACCUGUUUGUAGACCUACCACAAGUGUGAGAAAGAGAACUGUAAGAAGUCCACCUGCAGCCCUGCCAGAAUCAAGACCAAAAACAGCUCCCUUUCCUGUGAAGUCAUGGACACAGCUUGUUCGGGACUCGUCAUUUCACGAAGAAAAAUCGCACAGAAGAAAUCCAGAAAUGACAGUUUCACAACCAAAGAAUGCCUGGGAAGAAUGUCCUCCAGACGAAGAAGAGGAAUACAGAAUAGUUUUGAUAGGCAAAGCUGGAUCUGGUAAAAGCUCUACAGGAAACUGUAUUCUAAACGAAGAAGUCUUUGGAAAAAAUAGUUCAAAAUGUCGUUACGGAACAACAGACAGAUUUGGAAAGAAGAUCUCUGUUGUAGAUACUUACAACGUGUUUGACAAACAUUCAGACAAAAGUGUCAUUUCUCAUGAACUUGUCAAACUAGUGGGGCUUACAUCGCCAGGAUUUCAUGUGUUAGUUUUAGUAUUGUCUAUAGGGAAUAUUGACAGUAAGGAGCACCACGUGUUCCGCGAAUUCGUCCGCCAUUUUGGAAAUGAUAUCAAGUUUCGCACAAUUAUUCUUUUUACGAGACGAGAUAUUCUAGACAGUGAUGGUUCAACUAUAUACGGGUAUGUUAGUGACGUUCCAAAAGGGAUACAGGAAGUUAUGGAACAAUGUAAAAGACGUUAUUUGGCGUUUAACAACAAUGCAACUGGGCGUGAAAAGGAUGUUCAAGUUCAUCGAUUAAUCGAUAUGAUUGAUAAUAUUUUGAAGCUAAAUAAUAGGAGACAUUUUUCGUCUGAGGUUUACGGUGCUACAGAGAUGAUCAUAAAACGGCGAAUAGACGACAUUAAACGUAAUUUAAAAGGUAAAAUGCGGCGUGAACAGGAAAUCAUUGAAGCUCAGAUUAAGAUGUCUGAAACCCCUCGAUCCGUUAGACCAACAAGUGGUUUUGGUGAAAGUGCAACACCAAGAAGCAAGCCUUCAAAAUCAAAGAAAUCAACUAGAAGAAAAAAUUCAAAAACUACAAGUUUAAAUAACGGGAUAGAAGAUCAUUUUACAAAACUGCCAAAUUUAACAUCUCACAGUAAAGACAAUAAACAGAGGGAUAAGCAUUUGAAACAUAAAGUAAACGAAGAUGAUAGGCUCUCGAAAAGAAAAACAUCGUCAAAAUGUGACGUGUCUUUUGCAGACGAUGACAAUGACUUCGGUGAUUGCGAUAUAGACGCUUUGAAGAGAAGAAUAAACGAAGAUUUCGAUAUUCCAACUUUGCAUUUACCAAACGAAGAUUUCUUUGAAGGAAGUAUUAACGAGGAGAACACAUUUCGUCAGAUGAAUGGGAAUAUUCUUUCCGAUAGUAAACUUUCAGAAUUAAGGGAAAAGUAUGAAGGAGAAAUGAGUAAAAGCCGACUACGGGAAAGAGUGCGAGAAGAGUGCGAACAAGAACAACCAGAACUUUUUCAGAUGAUGUGGAAGCUCUCUAGGUACUUCGACCAAAGUGUUCAAUUAUGAAACUGAAGUCCGUUAAAAUUCAAAUGCAUUUCAAAAAUUAAAGAUCAAAUUAAAAAUUCCUUAUUAAUUUAUUUUUGAUGUACACUUGUCAGUAAAACUUUCCUAGAUGUGAAGUUUUUAUCAUGGCAUUUGAUACAUUUUUGUGUUUUGCAUGUUUGAAAUAAAAGAAAUCAUGCGUGA